AUGGACUGGAUGAGGGCUAAGAAGCUGAGACUUAAUCCAGACAAGACAGAGGUCCUCCUGGUCAGCCGUUAUGCACCGCUCUUCCCUCCACCGCCACCUUGCCAGGAGCAGCAGGCCUUCACCAUUGCGCAACAGUGUCCUCCGCAGGCCUCCAUCUACAGCCAUUCUUCCUAUGCGCUGCAGCAGCAACAGCAACAGACACAAUAUGCGCCGCCGCGCAUUGCGCCGCUCAAUAACAAUGCACAGGAAAUGCACCCCAAGCAUUACCCCAAACCCAUAUAUUCCUACAGUUGCUUGAUUGCAAUGGCACUGAAGAACAGCCAGACGGGCAGCCUUCCCGUGAGCGAGAUCUACAGCUUCAUGAAGGAGCACUUCCCGUAUUUCAAGACGGCGCCUGAUGGCUGGAAGAACUCCGUUCGGCACAACCUCUCGCUCAACAAGUGCUUCACAAAGGUAGAGAGCAAGGCCUCUUCUUCUUCUUCUGCUUCUUCCUCACGCAAGGGCUGCCUCUGGGCCCUGAACCCAGCCAAGAUCGGCAAGAUGGAGGAGGAGAUGCAGAAGUGGAAGCGGAAGGACCUCCCCGCCAUCCAUAGGAGCAUGGCCAACCCAGAAGAGCUGGACAAACUCAUCACGGAUCGGCCAGAGAACUGCAGGAGAAAGCCAGCUGAAGUGGAAGCUGCCCGGAACAUUGUGUCACGACCUGCACAACCACCGCCUCCGCAACCGGUGAUGGCGCUGCCCUUGCCUCCAAUGUCCUUGCACCACCAGGUCCAGGCUCAGUCCUGCAUGGCACCCGACUCGCCAGCCCCUGCGCAGACCCCACCGCUCCACGCCCUCCGCGGCAUGGGGCAUAGCAGCCCCCUCCCGCCACCCAUGAUGCCGCCGCCGCCACCACCGCAUGAAGUCCUCCUCCGCGGCCCUGACUUCCUCAGUGCUGUCAUGACCGACAUGAAUGCCGAGGUGGAUGCCCUGGACCCCAGCAUCAUGGACUUCGCCCUCCAAGGAAACAUCUGGGAUGAGAUAAAGGAUGAGAGCUUCAACCUGGACAGCCUGGGGGCCUUCAGCAACUCUCCACUGCCUCUGUCUGACUGCGACCUGGCCUCUGCUGCUGGUCUGAACCCCACCUGCAGUGGAAGUGAUCACUCCUUUGCGGACUUGCAAGUGACUGGCCUCUACACCACGUACGCCACGCUGGAUGCCACCGUUUCUUCCGCGCCCUACCUUGGCACCCAAGGCAACAAGCCCAUCACCCUCCAUUGAGCAGCACUCAGGAUCUCACUCGUCUCUUCCUUCCUUAUCAAGAAACAUCAAGCACUAGAGUUGACCAUGGAGGCAUGAUAACCAACUUUGGCUUCCCAAAUGGACAUCAAAUUCAGCACAACUCUUUAUGGUCAACUUGAUUGUCCACUUUGCACAAUGCUAUGCUCAACUGUUGACUUCCGGUGGUCAAGGUUAACUUCCUAUAACUGAUGUAGACUUACCAUGCUG